AAAGGGAAGUCGAUGCUUUGUGCUUCAACCAGACCUCUUUCCUUUCUCCCACCCUCAGCAUCCUCCGGAAAGCCCUAGACAAGAUUGCGGAAAUCAAGUCUCUGCUGGAAGAGAGGCGGAUCGCGGCCAAGAUCGCGGGCCUGUACAAUGACUCGGAGCCCCCGCGGAAGACCAUGCGCAGGGGGGUGCUGAUGACCCUGCUGCAGCAGUCAGCCAUGACCCUGCCGCUGUGGAUCGGGAAGCCUGGUGACAAGCCGCCCCCCCUCUGUGGGGCCAUUCCAGCCUCUGGGGACUAUGUGGCCAAACCUGGAGACAAGGUGGCUGCCCGGGUAAAGGCCGUGGAUGGGGAUGAGCAGUGGAUCCUGGCCGAGGUGGUCAGUUACAGCCAUGCCACCAACAAGUAUGAGGUUGAUGACAUUGAUGAAGAAGGCAAAGAGAGACACACCCUGAGCCGGCGGCGUAUCAUCCCACUGCCCCAGUGGAAGGCCAACCCUGAGACGGACCCCGAAGCCUUAUUCCAGAAGGAGCAGCUUGUGCUGGCCCUGUACCCCCAGACCACCUGCUUCUACCGAGCCCUCAUCCACACCCCCCCGCAACGGCCCCAGGAUGACUAUUCGGUCCUGUUUGAGGACACUUCCUAUGCAGAUGGUUACUCCCCUCCCCUCAAUGUGGCCCAGAGGUACGUGGUGGCUUGUAAGGAGCCCAAGAAAAAGUGAUGCAGGCUGGCAGGUUCACAGUCUCCUGCCGCCCUCAGGGGCAAUGCAACAAAAGGUUAUGUGAUCAAAUAAAUAUUCCUCCCCUUG